AUGUUUAUAAUAUGUUCUGGGAGUAUGUUUAUAAUAUGUUCUGGGAGUAUGUUUAUAAUAUGUUCUGGGAGUAUGUUUAUAAUAUGUUCUGGGAGUAUGUUUAUAAUAUGUUCUGGGAGUAUGUUUAUAAUAUGUUCUGGGAGUAUGUUUAUAAUAUGUUCUGGGAGUAUGUUUAUAAUAUGUUCUGGGAGUAUGUUUAUAAUAUGUUCUGGGAGUAUGUUUAUAAUAUGUUCUGGGAGUAUGUUUAUAAUAUGUUUUGGGAGUAUGUUUAUAAUAUGUUCUGGGAGUAUGUUUAUAAUAUGUUCUAGGAGUAUGUUUAUAAUAUGUUCUGGGAGUAUGCUUUUAAUAUGUCCUGGGAGUAUGUUUAUAAUAUGUUCUGGGAAUAUGUUUAUAAUAUGUUCUGGGAGUAUGUUUAUAAUAUGUUCUGGGAGUAUGUUUAUAAUAUGUUCUGCAAAAAUGCCUAUAAAUUGUUCUGGGAAGUGA